AAAGGCAGGAGUUGUUUAACGGCAGCGACCCAGCCGAGGGUGACUUUUACUGGAUGUUCUUGUCUCGACAAACGCGUCCCGACCUGAGGCUGAUUGUGGGGGAAAAGCCACUCUGAAGCGAAUGAAGAAGCAUCUAAUCUUUCACUUCACAUACCGAGGACUUCUAACGAAAGGAAAAAAGAGUAAAAGAAGAAAAUGGAGUAUAAAUUACGAAAGGCUGAACCAAAGGACGUGUCUGAUAUAUUACGACUGGUGAAGGAGCUUGCAAAAUACGAAGAGAUGGAGCACCAGGUGACACUGACUGAAAAAGAACUCCUUGAGGAUGGAUUCGGUGACACCCCGUUUUACCAUUGUAUCAUCGCUGAAAUCCAAGGAGAGAACAGCAGUGACGAGCCGAAGGUGGUGGGUUUUGCCAUGUACUACUUCACUUAUGACCCCUGGGUUGGCAAACAGCUCUACCUGGAGGAGUUCUAUGUGAUGGAUGAGUACAGAGGGCUGGGCAUCGGUUCGGAGAUCCUGCGACACCUCAGUGAUCUGGCGAUGAAGACGCGCUGCACCGGCAUGAUGUUUGUGGUGGCGGAGAACAACGAGCCGUCCGUCCAGUUCUACAAGCGUCGCGGUGCUGAGGACCUCUCCCAGGAGGAGGGCUGGAGGCUGUUCCGGUUCGACAAGGACAGCCUCGUCAAGAUGGCCACCCCGGCUGAGGAGUGACGCAGGUCCGGCGCGGCAGAGGAGGGAGAGGAGGCAGCGGGAGAGUCUGGCCUCUGUGACCGACUCCUCGGCUCUCCUCUCCAGUCAGACGAGGUUCAGCUUUUUAAAAGGGGGAAACCUGUAUCACAGUAACGUGGUUUUGUGAGUGUGUGUGUGUGAGAACAGUUCAGUCUCAUCAAGCCUUUUGUGUUUUGCUUAAUCACCUUUUUUAAGUUUCUAUUGUUCCUGUGAAUCAAUCAUGUUUAUUUUAACCUCUCAUUGACCAGUCUUUGUUAGAACUGGUGCAUUAGAUGUGCAGGAACAGUUGCUAUCACGUAUGUUUGCAAUAAAACAAUAACUGAUCACACA